AUGCCAACGGGGUAGGCUGGCACGUUGUUGAUGAUUGAGGGGAUAAGGUUAGGCUAGACCGGGGGGCUUGACUCAUGGGUCACUGGCUGACGUCUGUAGACCAUGGCCUGAUACGAUUCAACAUGGCAGGCCUUAAUCCUAAGACACUUCGAGAAGCAAUUGAAGUGCCCCUCCAACGGAGUUCUAUACUGCUCCUCAGUAUUGAACAUGCAGAUCUGGUAGAACUGAGGCUCCAAUCUGUGUCGAUCGCGAGUGUACGAUGGACAUGACUGUAUAUCAACUUAACUCCCUUAAUUGCCGCUGCUCGACGCACCAAGCUGCACCUAAGCCUUAGGAAUCCCUACCACAUCUACCGCCUAGAAAACCACCUGAUAACCAAUCAUC